GAUGCGAAUCCUGUGUUCUAUCGCAACAACAAAAAAGUAAACUUCAGGCAGUUGAAAUGAAAUACUUGAGACGAGUUAAAGGGGUAACCAAAAUGGACAAAAUAGGAAACGAGACUAUAAGAACGGAGUUAGAGACAGAAUCUAUACUAGAACACAUAGAAAUGAAGCAGCUGAGAUGGUGGGGACAUAUGCAAGGAAUGAGUGACAACAUACCGGUGAAACAAGUUUGGGAGAGUAAGGUGAUAGGAAAAAGGAGAAGGGACAGGCCACAAAGAACAUGGGAGAAUACCACAGAACAUACAUAUAUUGAUGAAAAGAGGAACGGAUUGGAGAGAAGCUAAGAAACUUGCUUUAAGCAAAAAAAUGGACUACAUUCAUGUACAAAUAAUAAUGGUCAUGAUUCUUGGAAUCUGUCCCAACCUUCAAUCAAGAGAUUAUUGUGAAGCGGGGAGGAAUAUGACUGUAAAAAAUUUUGGUCGUCUGUUUACAGAUAAGUCAUCCGUUUGGUACAACAUUUUGCAAUUUAAACCACCUGUAACAUUUCCCCUGAAACCGGGUUUAUACGAGGCUCUUAACGAUCCCACAAAAUCUGUGUACCCAGUAGUUCAGAGAACUUCCUGGCUACUAAAGAUACUGAUGUACUAUGAAGACGAAGUGCUGUUAUGCAAUAUAUGUGAAGGCGAAAUGUUUGAAUAAUGUUAAUGCCUAAUAUGUCUAAUAAAAAAUGUAAUUAGUAUAUAUGUCGUUUUUAG